AUGCGGUUUGUGCUGAUAUUCACCGACUGGGGUGAUUCUCCGAAGCACCCCAAGGCCGGCUCCCCGGAGACCACCACCCCUCCAGCGAGCGCCGGCGCCUCGGAGCUUCUCUCCACGUGCCUUCAAUCCUUCUCCAGCUCCGACCUGGGUCGGCGAGUUGGGAAAACCCCGCGGGGACAACAGACCCUCAGCUUGGGGAGGAGGAUGCGCUCGGCUCGGAGCAGUCCCUUCACUGCAUGCGGGAGCGGCGGCAUGGAGGCUCUCACCACUCAGCUGGGGCCGGGGUUGGAGGGUAACUCCUCGCCCAACUCGAAGCAGGAGCUGCAGCCUUACUCGGGCUCCAGCGCUCUCAAACCCAACCAGGUGGGCGAGACCUCGCUGUACGGAGUGCCUAUCGUGUCUCUGGUCAUCGACGGCCAGGAGCGCCUGUGCCUAGCGCAGAUCUCCAACACCCUCCUCAAGAACUACAGCUACAAUGAGAUUCACAACCGCCGCGUGGCCCUGGGCAUCACGUGCGUUCAGUGCACGCCCGUGCAGCUGGAGAUCCUGCGUCGGGCCGGGGCCAUGCCCAUCUCAUCGCGCCGCUGCGGCAUGAUCACCAAGCGGGAGGCCGAGCGCCUGUGCAAGUCUUUCCUGGGCGAGCACAAGCCGCCCAAGCUGCCGGAGAACUUCGCCUUCGAUGUGGUGCAUGAGUGCGCGUGGGGCUCGCGUGGCAGCUUCAUCCCCGCGCGUUACAACAGCUCGCGUGCCAAGUGCAUCAAGUGCGGCUACUGCAGCAUGUACUUCUCGCCCAACAAGUUCAUUUUCCAUUCGCACCGCACACCGGACGCCAAGUAUACCCAGCCCGACGCGGCCAACUUCAACUCUUGGCGCCGGCACUUAAAGCUCAGUGACAAGUCGGCCACAGACGAACUGAGCCACGCGUGGGAGGACGUCAUGGCCAUGUUCAACGGUGGCACUCGAAAGCGGACCUUCUCACUUCAAGGAGGCCGUGGCGGUGGGCUAGUGGAGGGUCGAGUGGGCAGGGGAAAAGUGGCCCUGGGCGCGGCGGGGAGGCCCGGGGUCGUGCCGACGCAGGUGUACGCGCCCGAGCGGGACCAGCACGUGAAGAGCGCGGCGGCGGCGCUGGGGCCCGCGGCCUCCUACCUCUGCACCCCCGAGGCCCACGAGCCAGAUAAGGAAGACAAUCACUCGACCGCCGACGAUUUGGAAACGAGGAAAUCCUAUCCAGACCAAAGGAGUAUCUCCCAGCCAAGUCCUGCAAACACAGACCGAGGCGAAGAUGGGCUCACCCUGGAGGUCACUGCCACGCAGCUAGUGGAGAAAGAUAUCGAGAACCUGGCCAGAGACGAGCUGCAAAAACUGCUCCUGGAGCAAAUGGAGCUCCGCAAGAAGCUGGAGCGAGAAUUUCAGAGUCUCAAAGAUAAUUUUCAGGAUCAAAUGAAGAGGGAAUUGGCUUAUCGAGAAGAAAUGGUGCAACAGCUGCAAAUUGUCAGAGACACUCUGUGUAACGAACUCGACCAAGAGCGGAAGGCCCGCUAUGCCAUCCAGCAGAAGUUAAAAGAGGCCCACGACGCCCUGCACCACUUCUCCUGCAAGAUGCUGACUCCCCGCCACUGCACUGGCAACUGCUCCUUCAAGCCCCCGCUGUUGCCCUAG